AUGAUAACCAUUGAUAAGGUCGCCUAUUGCCCUUGUUUCUCUUCCAACAUCUUUGGGAGCCUCUGCAAGUACCCGAGUAUUCUUUCUUUGUGUAUACAUUCCUUCUCCGCAUUCGAAGCAUUGAUACAAUACUUCUCGUUCCUCAAGAUGAGAGCUAACAUAAGACCGCAGCUGGAAGCCAGCAUCCUGUUCCCAGUGGCACAGAAGCAUGUGAGACCUGUUUGCUGCGCUAUUGUCUCCCAGCAAGCGCCAACAGCAAGCAGGCGCAGACAGAUACACACCUCGCCGCGGCAAGGACAGGAUGCUGUGCUUAAUGCGUCCGCAGCCGUUACUGCUUCACCAGUGGUAUCUCGAGGUCAAGCAUACACAACAACAGCAGCUCCUGCAAUGUCCGCUUUGUCGUGCCUCCCGCUGUCCCAGGUGCUGCGCACAUACCUGAUCACAAGCGUCUCGUCUUCGCCAAGUCUACUGCGGCUUUCCACGAGCAUACUUCGCCGCAUGUUGGAGAGCAAGAGCCCACUCUUCCGGAUAGACAGCAACCCGCUCAUCCGAUCGCUACUGUGGCAUACCUUCUACCGCCAGUUCUGUGCCGGCGAGACACCGGCGCAAGUUGCUAAAGCCACCGCCGAACUCAGAGAGCAAGGAUACAGCGGCGUAAUCCUGGAGUACGCGCUCGAAGUGCUGAAGGAUGCGGAAGGCAACGAGGCGGAAGACGUUGCGCGCUGGAGGAAGCGUCUUUUGGAGACCGUGUCCAUGGCUCAGCCAGGCGACUUCGUGGGCUUGAAGUGGAGCGGCAUGGGCGCAGCGGCGAUGCGCAAGAUGAAGGCUGACGAUGAGCCGGCGGAGCGGAUGAGCGAGGCCAUGCAUGCCGUGUGCAAGGCAGCGCAAGAUAAGGGUGUUUCACUUCUGCCGGCAGCGGAAGAGACCUGGAGUCUGUCCGGCUUCCACAAUUGGUGUAUGGCUAUGCAGAGGGUGUACAAUCUUGGCGGGAAAAGUGUGGUGUAUAACACUUACCAGGCGUACCUCAAGCAGACGCCCGAGACGAUUUCGAAGCAUCUGACUGAGGCGAAGACGCAAGGGUUCACGCUUGGUGUCAAGCUUGUGCGUGGCGCUUACUUAGGCAGCGAAGAGCGGAGCCUAAUCUGGCCAAGUAUCGAGAAGACGCAUGAGGCUUACGACGCUAUCGCGGAAGCAUUAAUGAGGCGCAAGUACAACAGCGUAAUCAAGCGCUUUGAAGGCGAGAGAGCGGACGUCUGGCCGAAUGUCAACGUGGUCCUCGCCACACAUAAUGCCGAGUCUGUUCGCAAGGCGCAAACUAUUCGCAAUCUGCAAGCUGGUCUCGGCGAGAAGCUCACGCCGCUUGCUUUCGCUCAGCUUCAGGGCAUGGCGGAUGAGGUAUCGUGCACUUUGAUUGCGGCGGCGAAGCAGGCGGAGAUGGCUGAGCAGAGUGGUGAAGGAUCAGGCUCGUCAAGGAUAGUCAAGGAGAGUGUGCUGAAAUGCACGACUUGGGGCAGUAUGUACGAGUGUCUGAACUAUCUUUUGCGGCGAGCGGCGGAGAACAAAGAUGCUGCUGGCAGGACUGCGGGUACGAGGCAGGCAAUGAAGGAAGAGCUGUGGCGGAGAAUGAAGGCCAUGGUCGGCUAUGCGUAGAUUAGUGGAUUGACCUUACUCUCCACAGCCAACUGGCCUGUGUCGUGUACAUAAGCUUAUGGAUUGGUUAUGAUGAUGGAUGGUGAUGAAGUUCUGCACAACCGGCAGUUCCGGGGCAUAUUUUUUGGCUAUGAACCACCGCUCUCAACAACUCAACAGAUUC